AUGGCACGGUGGUGGUACCAAUUCAAACUAAUAUCCAUGUCAUCUUCAACAGUAGAUACGGAAAACGUUUCAUCAUCUGUUUGGUAUUCAACCGGUUUACAGCAUCAACAAAGUACACAAAGUCAAGCAUCACCGAAAAAUGACAAUAUUUUAGUGAAUAAUGGUCAUGGGGAAGAAGACGAUUCGAAUAGUUCAUCUGCGCCUCCCUCAUCGCAUCAACAAACUGCUUCAUCAUCGCCACAAACAAGUGAUAUUGAACUCAAUAAUAAUACUGCGAUAUGUAUAAGUAACGAUGUUAACCAACAAUCGUCGUCUAUUGAACAAGUCUACGUUAAUGGAAAUGGUAAUGAUUCAGGUACUCCACAGCCAUUAUCACAUCAUGAUAUGCAGCAGCAACAGCAUCAAGAACAGUAUUUAUUAUCAGCAGGUACCUAUUCGUCUUUGCUAAAUUUACGACUACCAUCUGGCUCUCAGCAACAAAUACAACAAGCUUAUUCAGAUAUCGCUUAUUAUUCGGAUGACGUUGAUGCAAUUCAUACAUAUUCACAACAAUUACCGCAUGCACUCCAUUCAACCUAUACUCAUCAAGCAUUAUCACCUAAUUCAGCUGAACGUUAUGCAGCAGUCGCUGCACAAGAUUAUCAAACAGCAAUCUCACCAACGUCAUAUGAAUAUCGAUCAUACCGACCGAUGUAUGGAACAAAUGUUAGUCAGAUAGCUUAUGAAACACCAAUCGAUGCACAAACAUUAGUCAAUGGUGCCUACUGGAGCACACCCGAACAAUAUUAUGGAACAUUACAACAACAACAAUCAGAACAGAGAACAUCACCAACUGAUUCAUCAUUUCAUCAGCAACAGCAACAG